CCCAAUAUAUCACGUGGUCUCUUCUGUAUUUCAUCCGUCACGGAAAAAGACGCGUUUUUGUUUUAAAGAAGAGAAUUUGGCCCUUUUUAUCUAAAAGAAAGUAGCUUAAUUUGAAAUUCAAGAUGAGUCAAAACGGAGAUGAUGUUGAUAUGAAAGAAGAAUCACUAACACCAGAAGAAGAGUCAGAAGCACAGACCCUUUUAGAACAUGGAAUCAGCAAAACAGUUGCCAAAGAACUUUUAACAAUUUAUAAAACUGGUAAACUUUCACAGUCUGAUCUUGAUGAUAGGGCAAUGGAUGCUCUAAAAGAAUUUUCCCCAGAAGAUGCAAUCAAGGUUUUAAGACAGUUUUGUGAAAGCAAUCUUGAGCAUGUGGGGAAUAAAAGUGCUUUUCUGUGUGGCCAGAUGAAGACCUACAGGCAUAAACUAAGAGCAGGCAACAUGCCACCACUUGUUAAAGGUCCUGAUGAAGCCAAAUUAAAGGAAAUCUUGGAUCGCACUGGCUACUCAUUAGAUGUUACAACAGGACAGAGAAAAUAUGGAGGCCCACCACCAGGUGGAGAUCCAACACCACCUGGAACUGGACAUGAGAUUUUCUGUGGAAAGAUUCCUAAAGAUGUCUUUGAAGAUGAAUUGAUUCCACUGUUUGAAAAAUGCGGAAAGAUUUGGGACAUGCGUUUGAUGAUGGAUCCCAUGACAGGUCUGAACAGGGGCUAUGGCUUCAUAACAUUUUGUGAAAAAGAGGCAGCAGCUGAGGCUGUAAAUCAGCUGCACAAUUAUGAAAUUAGAUCUGGAAAGCAAUUGAAAGUAAAUAUUUCUAUUGCUAAUGUAAGAUUAUUUGUUGGAAACAUACCUAAAAACAAGUCUAGGGAAGAGAUUAAAGAAGAAUUUGGAAAAAGAACAGAUGGACUUGUAGAUGUCAUUGUCUAUGGCUCUGCUGACAAUCCUAAACAGAAGAACAGGGGUUUUGCAUUUUUGGAAUAUGAAACUCACAAACAGGCAUCAAAUGCUAAAAGAAAACUGCAGGCUGGGCAUCCAAAGUUUUGGCAGUGUGAUGUCAUAGUUGAUUGGGCUGAUCCCAUGGAAGAACCAGAUGAUGAAACUAUGUCCAAGGUUAAGGUUUUGUAUGUAAGAAACCUAACAUCUGAUGUUAGUGAAGAAACUUUGAAGGAAAAGUUUGGUGAAUUUGGAAAAGUUGAAAGGGUUAAGAAAAUAAAAGACUAUGGAUUUGUUCAUUAUGAAGAAAGAGAUGAUGCCCUUAAAGCGAUGGAUGCAUUAAAUGGAGAAAAAAUUGGCAAUCUUGAAGUGGACAUAUCUUUGGCUAAACCUCCAUCUGAAAACAAGAAAAAGGAACAGCGCAAACGAGAUCAAGAGCGUAGGAUGAUGAGGGCUCACUAUUUUGGAUUUGAUGAUUACUGGGGGCCACCAGUAAGAGGUCAUCCAUCUCCUAGUAGGGCUGGAUUAAGAAGACCACCAUAUCCAGAGCCUUAUUAUGAAGAUUAUUAUGGAUAUGAAGACUUUGAUUACUAUGGCUAUCCUCCUGUUCCCCCAAUGAGAGGAGCUCGUGGUCGUGGAGGGAUACCCCCUCAGCCUAUCAGAGGUCGUGGUGGGGGCCCUCGUGGCCACGCAACAGGAGGUCAGGCAACCCGAGGGGCGGCCGCUAAAGGCCGUGCAACUGGACCUGCCCGGGGGGCCUCGCGCGGGGGACGUGGGGCUAGCAACGGAAACAGCCCGUCGGCAGGGUCAUCACCAGUCGCGGCCAGGGGAGGAAAACGGAAAGCAGGCACAGACUUCCAGACAGGAAGCUCGAAGCGACGGAAUACAGAAAGUUGGGGCAGUCAGCCUAUAGCGCAGCAGCCUCUUAAACAAGAUAUGAAGCAGGACAUGUAUGGGGCCAUGAGCUAUGAUGGAAAUGAUGAUGCAUGGUAUGAAGAUUCAUAUGGGCAGAAUUGGGGUUGACAGCUUAGUCUUAAAGUAAUAUAAAAACUUGUGAUAAAACUUAAAUCUGCCCAAUACUGUAUAAAUAAAAUUGUAACCAAAAGAUGGCUUAAUAUUGGGCUGAAAUUGCAGCCUGGUAAUUUAUGACCCAUGUGAAGUAAGUGGUCAAGUGAAACUAAGGGGGGUCAAUGGCUUAUGUCUUUGGCCCAGUUUACUAAAAACAAAAGGCUUCGAAAUUUUUUGCUGGGCAACAGUAGUUGUUAAAUAUUUGUAUAUUUCAUCUUCUCCUGGCCUACGUCUUGUACAUAUUUUUUUGAUCUUAUAAAGCAUAUCCCCCCAAAGAAUUUUCUUUUUCGGCAAAGUCUGAAUUAAAAAUUUAUUCGGUCUCCUAUAUAUAAUAUCUCAUCAUAACCUCAGGCUUAAUAAGCACCAGGCAUGAAUGGAUGUUGCCUUGACUCCGCACCGUGUGGUUUCAGGCACAAGGGUUCCGUUCUACGGCAGCUUAUGCAACAAAACAGGACCAAUAUUUGGAUCCUGCAGUGCAUGCCGCAACAUUUUGCAUACAAUAAAUAGACCUUUGCAGUAAAUAACAUGACAUGCAUCAGUUGUUACUAGAUGCUCUGUUAUUUAGGCUAAAAGUCUCCAUUUGCACACAUUGUAUAGGGAUAGGGAGCGUACAUUCAAGACUCGUUUUAAUAAAAUAAAUUUGAGUUUUGUGAACAUUCUAAAGAAUCUUUAAUCCAGAAUGCCGAAAAAAUAGUUUUAAAAAUGUAUCAGUAUUUUACUAUUUUAUCGUUUGGUGUUGCGUAAUGAAAUUUUGUGUAAAUUGUCAUGUAGUGAAAUGACAAAGUUCAUUUUAAAAUUUGCUUUCAAAUUAAUGGCAAACAAUAUAUGGUUAGUGGAAUUAAAGACGAAAAUGAAGUAUCAACAUACAGAAAAUUGUUUUUAUCUGGACCCUUCAGAUGCCGUAAAAUGAAAUGGCAGUUUAGCAUUCCACUAACCGACUUUUCAUACAUUAUAUUCAUUUCAUCGAAACUAUUCAUCAUCACCAUUGUCAUGUGUUCAUGCAAAUAAAAUUGCAUUUUAUGUAAAAAA